GAGCCGAGGCCUGAGGUGGGGCAGGAGGAUGAGGAGGUUUCUCAGGUCGGGCCCUGACCCGGCCCGGGAGAGGCUCAAACGGGACCUGUUCCAGUUCAACAAGACGGUGGAGCAUGGGUUUCCUCACCAGCCCAGUGCCCUGGGCUACAGCCCUACCCUGCGCCUCAUGGCCAUCGGGACCCGCUCCGGAGCCAUCAAACUCUACGGUGCACCCGGUGUGGAGUUCAUGGGUUUGCACAAGGAGAACAACGCAGUGCUGCUGAUCCACUUCCUGCCCGGGCAGCCCCAGCUGGUCACCGUCCUGGACGACAGCAGCCUGCACCUGUGGAGCCUGCAGCAGCGGCAGGGGGUCUCGGAACUGCAAGAGGACGGGUGCUUCACCCUGCGCGGCCCCCCGGGGGCCAUGCCCAGCGCCACCCAGAUCACGGUGAUCCUGCCCCACUCCUCGCGGGAGCUGCUGUACUUGGGCACCGAGGGCGGCAGCGUCUUUGUGGUCGAGAUUCCAGCCUUCAAGGUCCUGGAGGGCCGCACCAUCAGCCCUGAGGCCGUGCUGCAGCGGUUGCCAGACGAUGCCCGGCUCCGGCGGGCUUUGGAGACGGUGGAAGCCCUGCAGGAGCACCCCCGUGACCCGAGCCGGGUCCUCAUCGGGUACAGCCGCGGCCUCAUGGUCGUCUGGGACCUGGCCGGGGCCCGGCCGAUCCAGCACUUCCUCAGCAGUCAGCAGCUGGAGAGCGUGUGCUGGCAGCGGGACGGGCGCCUCAUCGUCAGUUGCCACUCGGACGGUAGCUACAGCCUGUGGCCGCUGUCAAGCGCGGAUGGUCCGUCGCCCGAGCCCCUGGAGAGCCGGGUGCCCUACGGCCCUUUUCCCUGCAAAGCCAUUUCCAAGAUCUUCUGGCUGACCACCAAGAAAGGGCUGCCCUUCGUCCUGUUCCAAGGGGGGCUGCCCCGGGCCAGCUACGGAGACCGCCACAGCAUCUCCGUCCUCCACGACGGGCAGCAGACGGCCUUCGAUUUCACCUCCCGCGUCAUCGACUUCACCGUCCUGGUCUGCGACCCGACGGCCGAGUUCGACGACCCCUGCGCCCUGGUGGUGCUGGCGGAAGAGGAGCUGGUGGUGGUGGACCUGCGGUCUCCGGGCUGGCCGACCCUGCGGCCACCCUACCUGGCUUCGCUGCACUGCUCGGCCAUCACCUGUUCCCACCACGUGUCCAACAUCCCUCUGAAGCUAUGGGAGAGGAUCAUCGGGGCAGGUGCCAAGCAGAACACGCACUAUUCCCCCCUGGCAUGGCCAAUCAACGGGGGCACCAACCUCGCCCCAGACGCACCCCAGAGGGACCUGCUGCUCACCGGGCACGAAGAUGGCACCGUGCGCUUCUGGGAUGCCUCGGGCGUGUGCCUACAGCUGCUGUAUAAGCUCAGCACUGUGGGCGUCUUCCUCACCGACGCCGACCACAACGACAACCUCAACUCGCUGAGUGAGGACGAGUGGCCCCCCCUGCGAAAGGUGGGGUCUUUCGACCCCUACAGUGACGACCCCCGCCUGGGGAUUCAGAAGAUCUUUCUCUGCAAGUACAGCGGCUACCUGGCUGUGGCCGGGACGGCGGGGCAGGUGCUGGUGAUGGAGCUGAACGACGAGGUGGCGGAGCAGGCGGUGGUGCAAGCGGAGGCGGACCUGCUGCAGGACCAGGAGGGCUACCGCUGGAAGGGCCACGAGCGGCUGAGGCCGCAGGAGGGGCUGGUCCGCUUCGAGCCGGGAUUCCAGCCCUUCGUGCUGGUACAGUGCCAGCCGCCCGCCGUGGUCACCUCCCUGGCCCUGCACUCCGAGUGGAAGCUCGUUGCCUUUGGCACCAGCCACGGCUUCGGCCUCUUUGACCUCCAGCAGAGACGCCAGGUCUUCGUCAAGUGUACCCUGCACCCCAGCGACCAGCUGGCAUUGGAGGGGCCCCUCUCCCGGGUCAAGUCCCUGAAGAAGUCUCUGCGCCAGUCCUUCCGCCGCAUGCACCGAAGCCGGGUGUCCAGCCGCAAGCGACGCAUGCCCAACGGCUCGGAGGUGCCCGAGGGCGGUGCCAGGCCGGGAGCCGGGGGCCUGCAGGACAUGGAGCUGGCCCCGGUGCAGCGCAGGAUCGAGGCCCGCUCAGCGGAGGACUCCUUCACCGGCUUUGUGCGCACGCUGUACUUCGCCGACACUUUCCUGCGGGACGGUUCCCACCACUGCCCCUCCCUGUGGGCGGGCACUAACGGGGGCACAGUCUAUGCCUUCUCCCUACGGGUCCCCCCGGCCGAGAGGAGGAUGGAUGAACCAGUCCGGGCGGAGCAGGCCAAGGAGAUCCAGCUGAUGCACCGGGCACCUGUGGUUGGGCUCCUCGUCCUCGACGGGCACAGUGUGCCCCUCCCCGAGCCCUUCGAAGUGGCCCAUGACCUCUCCAAGAGCCCAGACAUGCAAGGCGGGCACCAGCUCCUCGUCGUGUCCGAGGAGCAGUUUAAGGUGUUCACGCUGCCCAAGGUGAACGCAAAGCUGAAGCUGAAGCUGACGGCCCUGGAGGGGUCGCGGGUGCGUCGGGUAAGCGCGGCGCGGUUCGGCAGCCGCCGGACGGAGGAGUAUGGGGAGCACCACCUGGCCGUGCUCACCAGCCUGGGAGACGUGCAGGUCGUCUCCCUGCCCUGCCUCAAGCCCCAGGUGCGCUACAGCUGCAUCCGCAAGGAGGACGUCAGCGGCAUCGCCUCCUGCGUCUUCACCAAGUACGGACAAGGCUUCUACCUGAUCUCCCCAUCCGAGUUUGAGCGCUUCUCUCUCUCCACCAAGUGGCUGGUUGAGCCUCGGUGCUUGGUGGGCCUCCCCAGCGGCAGGAGGGGCAGCCCCACCCGCAACGGGGCUGGCACCGAGAAGCGUUCGCCCAAUGCCAGGGGUCCCUGCAGGAACUCCAGCGGAGCAGGCCUUGGCGAUGCGAGCCGGACGGAGCCCGCAAUGGAACGUGCGCUGCUCGGCGAUGAGAGAGUCCUGAAGGAGAUCCAGAUGACGCUGGAGGGCGGAGACCGAGGCUGAAUGAGUGGCGAGGCUGCACCCAAGUGCCACACUACACUACCGAGGGCCCGGAGAGGGAGGGGAAGGGGUGAGUCCCCCACCUCCACCUGCUGCUGCUUUAUGCCUCACGGGCCGCUCCCAGGGGCUCCGCAGACCCCUGGGCGGGCCGCAGGCCUCCACUCCCCCCUCCACUCCUUCUCGACAUUUGCACAGUUUUGUUUCUUCCUCCUUUUUCUAGUGGCUGGGUUUUAAAUUAUGAAUUUUUAACUGCCUCUUGGUGCAAAAGAAUUUUUAAUAAAUACGUAAUUACCUCUUUUUC